AUGGGUGCCUCCACAGACGCUGUGGCCUUCCUGUCGUCGUGGGUGCAGCGCGACAAGAAGCUCAUCACCUACCGCCUGCUCAGUCGCGAGCUGCGUAUCCACGUCGAGGAUGCCAAAUCAGCAUUGUCCACCUUCUACGACUCGCACAGCGAAAAGACCGAGCUCGACGCCACUUACAUCCUCAUUGGCCGAUCCAAGCACGCAGCCGUGGCCAAGGAUGCGGAUGACAAGGAUGCUCAGCCAGAGGCGUCUUCAUCCACAGCGGCAUCUUCAUCGUCGAAUCCGCCACGCAACUAUCUCGAUCAGCGUAUUGCCCGCCGCCAGACCGCAGAUGGCGAAUCCAGCCAGCUCAUCCGCCUCGUCUCUGCUGACAACCUCGACGAGGCCAAGGCGAGCUUUGACGAGCUGACGUCAUGCCACGUCUACUCUGUGUCGCCCGGACGCCUUCGUGAUGCCACCCAGCUCACAGCUAUCCAGCAUGAGCUGCACUCCCAGCAAAAGUACACUGAUGUCUGGCAGCAGACCAACCGAGGCGCGGAUCUUGGUGUGGUGAUCAAUCCCUCCAUCAAGGACAACUACGACCCGUCGAAAGCCAUCCCGAGUCUGGGCGCACCAAGUGCACCGGCGCUGCAGGUCAAGACCGAGGCGAAAUCAUCCACUGCAGCCGUAGUCAAGUCCGAGACGCCGGCGCAAGACGCAAAGCCGUCGGCAGCUGCGGCCAAGGCUGCGCCGAGCGCGGCAGCUUCGGGUGGAAAGAAGAGCGGUCUGGAUUGGAGCCGAGCCAAGCCCAAAGACGCCGAGUCCAAACCAGCAGCUGUCAAAAAGGAAGCGGCUGCAAGCACAGGCACCGCGAGCAAGAGCAAGCGCGCGUCUGCGCGGAAAGCGCUCCUCGGCAGCGAUGACGAGGAUGAAGAAGACGAGGACGGUGCAAGUCGGCGUCGGGCGAUCGCCAUCGACGACGAGGACGACGAAGACGAUGACAAGCCAGAAAAGCUCGGAUACGCCGAUGACCAGGCGGACGACGAGGACGAGGAUGUCGAGAUGGCGGCGCCGAGAGGCUCCGGCAAGCAGGCCGAUGCGCGCACGCAGACCAAAUCGCAAGCAGCAGCGCAGCGCAAACAGCUCGAGGCCAUGAUGGACACCGACGACGACGAGGUGCAAGUGGUCGAACCCAGCGGUUCCAACUCGCGCAACGCUUCGACGGGGCAAGCCAAGGAUGCGGAUCCCAAUGUGGAAAUGGCCUCGACUACAGUGACGGAAACGAUGAAUGGCUCGGAUGCGCCAGCGGCGGCCAAGCGACGCGUGCGCAAGAAGCGCAGGAUCGGCACCAAAAAGGUGCGCAGCAAGGACGAGCGUGGCUACACGGUCACCAAGACCGUCGACGAGUACGAGUCGUAUUCGUCUGAAGAGUCGGAUGCACCCGUCGUCACCGGCUCCAAGCGCGCAGCAGCCACCAGCGCAAAGCAGAAGUCAGCCGCAGAGUCGAGAUCAACUUCAACUUCCGCCUCGGCCAGUCCGGCCCCUUCGGCCCCUGCACCCACCUCGGCCAAGUCCACACCGGCAAACAGCGCGGCGGCCAAAAAGGCAUCCGGCGCAACACCCGCUCCGGCAAAGAAGGGCCAGCAGAGCCUCAACAGCUUCUUCACUCGAAAGCCAAAGGAUAAAUGA